AGGUAUGAACCCCGUCAGAUGAAAAUGAAUCGCGAAUAUUAAAUGCCGCAGCCACAAAGACAAGCCUAAACCUAUCCACCAUAAAAAUACGACCUUCUCAACUUCAGAAAAUUCACACUAGUGUAGCCUCAUGUCGUACCCAUUUCUAUUUCAGUCGAACCUAUUAUGUUGAUCUAGUGCCAGCAUGCAUAAUUCCAACUCCUACUGUACAAUAAAUCGCCCGGCGCAGCCAGUACAUAAACAGCGAUAGCUGGUGGUGUGCAAAAACUUAUUUCGGUCGUGAUCGUGAAGCAAUAGGACCAGGAGAGCAAUUGGAUUUUUUUGCUUGUUCUCAUUCAGGUCAACGGGAACCAGAACCACUCCAGCGAAGAGUUCGAGACUCCGUCCGGAAAUAUUUCGAAGUGAAAUUGAUAUGGAAGAUUUCCAUUGCUUCAUUUGACCUAUCCACCUGUUUCCCUGGAUUUGAGAUUCGCUAAAAGUUUAAGAAGCUUUACUUUUUACCUCCAUAGUUUUUUCCCCGGACAGAUAAAAGUAAAACCACCUUCCAAAGGAACGUGAUAUUCUUAAAACGAUGUGAGCGUGAUGAAGUAGUUCGCUCUUUGUCGUACUACCUGGUCACUCACUUUAAAUGAACGGUAAAGUAAGAAUAACGAUGUCGACGUCGGUUCCUGCUUUGGUGGACGAGAGUGACACUAUCGUGCCCGCGGUGGCCGCAAGACCAAAUUCGUCAUCGAACACUGGUGACUACAAUUUCGAAGUGAUCGCCUUCUCCUGGGGCGACAAUACCUCGAAGCAACUCUUGUCGACUGCGACGAGCUUGAGUUCGUCUUCCUCUCCAUCCCUCUCGAAUUUUUAUGGAAAUAAAUCAGCAAUAAAAAAUCAAAGUACCACGACACCCACCACGGACCAAGAGACCACGUCGACGAGCCAACAUUUGACAGCGACUAAAAUCGACCACCUGGCUGGUAACGCGGAGGCGACUUUGUUCCUGAAAAACGAGAAGCCGCACUUUGUCGGGCGGAACAUCCUUUUUCGCGAGGACGAAGACGACACGGAGUAUUUUGAGGAACAAAACCAUGCGCGGAUUGAUCUGGAAGAAUUUCAAAACAUCAAAGUGGCCGCUUUGGCUGCGGGAGACCAACACUUUCUCGCGCUGUCCGACCAGGGGUUCGUCUUCAGUUGGGCCUGCAACAACGAGUUCGGUCAGUGUGGGCGGAGCGGGGGCGUCUCCACGAAGAAGCAACUUCCCCAAGUGGUAAAUUUCGGAAAGUCCAACGCGGAAGUUAUGCGGAAAAGCUUCGCUGACGGUACGAAAACACAUCUGAUCGUCCCGGCUCCGACGUAUAAUUUUUCCAGCACGAUUUCCUUCCGCGCCAAGCAAAUCGCCUGCGGCGAGAAUCACUCGCUGAUUCUCACCGAGGCCGGCGAAGUCUACAGCUUUGGGUCGAACGUGCACGGACAGUGCGGGAUCUACUACUCCAGUCAGGACCUGCACCGCGCCGUCGCGAGCUAUGCCAAGACACCGGGCAACGACUCGAUACAACAAGACGGAUCCUGCUCCUCGCAAUUGAUCCUGAAUGAGACGCUGACGCCGAACUUUUACGCGUUGCCGGAUAAUGUGGAUUUUCUCCGACGCAUAUGCAUUGCAAAAGCAUCGUAGUAGUACAAAUUGCAUUACAAAUUAGCUCAGCACGACAAAUGCAAUUUGUAAUGCGGUUUUACCUUAGGAAAAAGAUUUGUCAUGUCGAUUUGCAAUUAGUACGAGUGCGAUACUUUUGCAGAGCAUAACGCAACCCGCACUACAAGUACCCCGGACCACUUCUGGGCCCGCACGUGCAGUUUAGCAACUCUUGGAACGAAAAAAACUUCUCCCCGGCUGCCUCCCCACCGCUGACGAUCGAAACGCCGAUAUCCUGAGUAAAAACGGUCCCACACCAGAGUCAAGUUGCGAAUCUAGCAACACAAGUCCGCAAGUUUUGGGAGCUGUGCAUGACAAGUUUCCCUCUGCAGUGUAUUGCUGGUUGGAAAGGGAAGCCGCAUGAGAAAGCCACUUUCUCAUUCUGUUUACAGCAUUACAAAUAUAAAAACACGACUGCAAAUUCCUCUCAUGAAGAUGCGCAUCACAAAUGUUCCUUUCAUUGCACGUUUGCAUGACAACUCUGGGGUGGGGACGUGUUUACAAAUGAUAUCCGAUGCGGGUGGAAGGCCGGCUGAAUUCCUUACCCGUCCGGCAGAUCGUAUGGUAGUGUCAGGAUUGAAAUCGACAAAGUUGAAACGGUUUGUCAUGCAUAAAAUCGAUGCCAGUUGUAACCCAGCUUCCAAGUGGCACAUGACAAAUUUGGGUAGAACCGAAAUGCAGUUUGUCAUGCUGUUUGGGUAAGGAAGACGCCUGCUGUCAUGCUACUUUAGCGGUUCUAUUUCUACCCCUAAACAGGCUUGCAAUCUGCUUCCCUUGCGUCCUCUACAGUAGAGAUACUUUUUGCGUUGCAUUUUAUGCAUCACAAACUAUUUCAACUUUGACGAUUUCAAACCUGACGCUUUCAUAGAUCGCCUGCGGCCGGCACCACAGUUUAGCGGUGUCGAUAUCCGGCAACGCAUUCUCGUGGGGGUCGAACCGGCGGGGCCAGCUGGGCUCGGGAGACGACAGCAUCAAGAAAUCUUUCCACCCCCAGCCGGUGUUUCUCUCCCACAACAACUGCCGGUCUCUGGCCGGCGGCGGGCAGCACAGCGCGUUUGUCCUCUUCAAGGGGUCUUUGUUUCUCUGCGGCGACAACAGUUUUGGGCAGUUGGGGCAAGAUGUGAACGAGAUUGCCACCACCUCGGUGCCGCUGGAGGUGCCGUUUGGGGACAACUACGACCUGUACGUACGGGGCGUGUCGUUGGGCGACAGACACUCCAUAGCCUUGUCGGUGGACAAUAAGAUCUUCGCCUGGGGGCGGAAUGUGGAAGGCCAAGUGACCGGGAUGGUCGAUCGAGUGGAGAAAAUGAGCGAAAGGGAAGUAGGAGCUGCGUCAGGAAUGAAUAUGGAAGUGGAUCAAGAUGCAUCAAAUGGCGAUAAUAAAGCACUAGGAGUGGAUGAAAACACGACGACCAGCGGCGCGACUACACAUUUCGACAUGGUUCCUUGGCCGGUGCAUAUUCCACUCGAGUCACUUUGCCGCCCAUCUUCUUCGCAAGGAAGUUCUGGUGCGGCAGAUGGAGCAAACGUCGGCGCGUCGGGAUCUACUUCACAGCCUGCUCUGGUUUCAUCUGACAUGCGCGUGCGGGAGAUUUUUGCAGUCGCGGACCACACGAUCGUGUUGGCUGAGAGGGAGAUUGUGGCAGAUGAUGAGGAGCCUGUCAUGCGAAAGAACAUGAAAAACAACGGCGACUUGGACAAUCCAGAUGCCAUAGCCGAUGAAGAUCCCGUGGAAGAGCUGGAGGUUGGGAAGAAAGACCACGAGGGUGAUAUUGCCAUGGUACCCGUGCAGGAGGUAAGUAUUUUGAUUUUACUUGUAUGAGGAGAUUUAUUUCUCCGAGUGCUGUAAGUCAGAACAUGAGCGAACAAGAAUGAGUUUAGUUCGAGCCUGUUUGAUGUCAUAGGAGCUGCAACAAAAAGAACAACUACUUUUCAUACGAAGAAUAAAAGAAACUUAAACUUCACCUUCGCCUCUACAUCUCAGGUGGACAGCAGCACCGGCAUCACGACCUCCAAGCGGCGACGUAUCACCCGCGGGUCCGCGACAAUCGAUGCCAGACAAGCUGUAUGAAAUGCAAAAGCAUCGUCCUACUAUAAAUUGCAUUACAAAUUAGCUCAGCAUUAGCAUUACAAAUGAAGUUUGUAAUGCUGUUUUACCUAUAUCUUGAGAUUUGUCAUGCAUAACAGCAAUUACUACGAGUGCGAUACUUUUGCAAUUCAUAAGGUGACGAGUUUAAGGAAAUUGCAAAAAAGGCCUUCGAAACCGCGAUGCUCUCCAGCCCUAUACCAAAUGUAAAAAUGUCUGGGUCUGGAAACUUGUGAUGCUGGGCGGCGUCUCAUGAUAAGGCUACAGAUGCUGGCUCAGCAUGACAAGUUUCUGAGCUCCUAGGUGUUGCCUAUUCUGCAUGACAAACUGCGCUUCUGCAUCACAGAAAAGCGAAGCUCUUGGGUAACGUGCAUGACAGACUUAAGAGUCAUGCCAGACAAGCAUGACAAACAUGAAUUCUUCCAGACCCAGACAUUUUUACAGUUGAUACCCUACGCCCAGCGCCGAAAUUCUUGCCAAGAUGAAGAAUAGCUCCAAGAACCAGAGUGCGGAACAGCAGGAAAAGGACAGCGCGCUUUUCACGCGGAGGCUGAGUCGCGCGACGAGCGAAAGUGUCAAGCAAUUGCGGAGCAACUCUGCAAGUUUGGAGGGCGCAACAAGUACUACAGGUGGAGGUGGCCAAACCACAGCGAGAACAAGCGGUGGACCAAAUACAACAACAGCUACUGGCGGUGGGAAUCCGUCGCCAAACUUGCUUUCCAUCAUGCAGCCGCCGGGCUUCGAAGACAUUCAGUACUACAGUUCAACAUCGAGGGCGGGGACGAAUCAGGGAGAACAUCAAGGCGACACUGGAACAGGAAUGACAGCUGCAUCAGCGCCGGGCACAACAACUACUGCUAGUACUACUUCUAGAAUCUUGUUGCCAACUAAUGGCGCCGCCGCGGCCAUUGAUCAAGCGGCUUCUAGUUCUAGCGCAAGCGGAAGCGCACCCUCCAGACCACCCGUGCAGCUACCGCCUCUCGGAGAGCUGCAGCAGCAGGAGCCAGCCUUCGCACCGCGAUCCCGGUCAGGCUUAGGUAGCGCCGGGAUUAACAACGAGGAGAUUCCAGCAGCGAACACUACCGCGGAUCAUGUCCGGCAAAAAUCGUUUAAGAGGCCGCUGCAGGGGGAUGACCAACUUCAUGAUGAAGAAGCCUCCGGGCAGCUGACGAGAGAAAAAGAUCCAGAGAGCAACUUCCUCCCGAGGCAUUUCUCCCGGGGCUGCAGCAGUGAGCAGGCCGAUGCGAUCAACAAACUGGUCGAAAGUGACAAAGCUCUACAGCUCCCCCACACGCUUUCCGCGCCGAGAAUUACGGCGAACAGCUCGGGUUCCUCCGUUCUGUAUCAGAAGCACCAGCAGCAUAAUACUAUCCUGGCAGCGACCACCCGGAAGAACAAGCUGACUCUUCCCGGCAACUCGGAGUCGAUUCAUUUCUACAGCCUGGAAAACGCGUUUUUUUCCUCGUUCGCGGCAAGUACCAAUUCCCUCCUCUCCGCGAACAAAGAGAAAGAAAUUCUGGAAUUCGAGCAGACCCUGAUCGGCGCCUUUUCCCGCCCGUCGGUCCUGAGUUGCUGCUUCGUGUUUCAUAUGAACUUGAACUGCAAAAGUAUCGUACUCGUACUAAUCGCAUUCAUGCACUACAAAUUUCUUUCUCAGGGUCAGGUUAAAUCCGCAUUACAAAUUUUCUUUUUCAUGCUGAAGAAAUUUGUCAUGCGAUUUAUAGAUACUAAAAGACGCUGCUUUUGCAUUUCAUAUUUCAGGGCUUGAGCACGCCGAAAUUAGACGUGGACGGCUUUAUCGCGGGCACCGCUGAAAUCUGGAACCUUCUCGGGGAAGCGAGAAGAUGGUUCUCGAAUAGUAUUGGUACUGGUCCUCGUGCUGCUGGGUUGUCAUCUUCGUCGUCGUUCUUGAAUGCCAAACAGCCCCCUACUUCUCAGCCGUUCAACCACGCGGUACUAAACGGCGCUGCCGCACCAUCUUUUUCCUCCACGGGCAGACCACUGAAUGUGGUGCAGAAUGCGUCUUCCGCGUCCUCUCUUGCAGGUAGUACUAGCGCGAUAGGAGUUGUUCAUCCGGCGAGCGGGAAUAUUAACACCACAGAGAUAAACGAGGAACAGCUGGAGUUGCGGUCCAACCAGAACCACCCAGUAGUUGCAGCAGCAGCAGCUCCUGGAGGUCCUGCAGCUGGUGCAAAUGCAAUGGUCAACCUAGUGAAUGUGAAUAAUAACAGCCUGCCAUCCGUGGUGGAAGCGGCCGAUGAAUUUGAGGAGGAGCAGGAGGUAGAAUUACUCGACAGAAAACAGUCCGCACACGUGCCGGGGAUAAGCGAUGAGAUAGACAACGACGUUUCCUCGGAUGGUAUGAUGAACAGAAGUGGCAACUUGAUAGAAGACCACGGUGAUAAUCAUGAUCCUAUCAAUGCCGCGGCCGGAUCCAAUUUCAGCUUGGUCGAACAGCGUACAGUUCCAGAGCAGCAAGAGAACAACCCGCAGGAGCUGACGAACAACCUGCUUCCAGCAGGACUACAAUUACAAACAGACAACGACUUUUCACCACACUCAGCUCCACUGCUACCACCAUCGUCGAACAAGUUCGAGUAUGAGUACCAAAAGUGCCUGCUACUUCUCGAGGAAACUGUUUUCUUCAACUGGCUGUUUGCCAUCCAGCAGGGCCUCGAGCGCAUGCAGCCGUCGAAUUUGGAAAAGAGAGACCAGCUGCGGACGCUGGUUUUGUACCUGUUAUGUCCUGUCUGGGACACGGCGGGGUCAAAUUUAGACACGGAGCUGAACUCGGCAUUAGAAAACAACGACGAACAGAACAGCCUGGAAAACCUCUACAACCGUCUCCCCUCUUUGAUCGAUAUCACGCGAAAGACGAAAUCGGACUUGGCGCGAACACUGUCCGGGCAAAGCGCGUCGGAGGUGGUCGGAGGGGGUGGUGGUGGUGGUAAAAAACAGGGUAGUACAACAGCUUCUGAUAUGCUUGGCGGCCCCACUCCUGCCACUGCGUUCGCUACCACGGCGACCAGUAGUAGAGUGCCCAGUGGAACAUCAGGCAACGAGGAGGAUCAUGGCAACGUAGCUAUUUCUGCGAGCAAUCAUCCUCCUACACGGCCCGCCCUGGUGCGGGCGGACUCCUCGAAUGAAGGCUCCAACCAGCAAGAAACACAAAGACAAACUCCAAAAGCCACCCAGGCCUCCAACUCAUCCGAGCAGGACCAGCUGCCCAGCCCAGCGGACCAGCAUUUUACAGCGAUCGAAAAGCAGCGCGAGGACUUGUUGGUAAAAACGUUUAAGCUGCUGAUGAAGACCAUCAUGUGGCUGCCCAAGCCGUCCAAAAUCGAGUUUCUACACAUCCUGCGCCAGGAGCUGACUGCGUUCGCCUUCGAGCACCGGCUGCUGAAAAGCAUGCAGUAUGCAUUGCAAAAGCACUGUACUCGUAUAAAUGCAUUACAAGUUUCCUCAGUGUGUUGAGAAAUAAAAUUUGUAAUGCGGAUCUACCUUUAAGAAUUCGAUUUGUAAUGCAUGACUGCAAUUACUACGAUUGUGAUGCUUUUGCAGUUCAUAUGCAGCGCAUGGCGCGCGUGAUGUACUUCAAGAAGGGACACUUUAUGGAGAAAGCCGUCCAGACCCACAACGGCGCCCAGGCCUACAUUCUCAACUAUCAAAUGCAACUAUGUCUGGGUCUGGAAACUUGUGAUGCUAAAAUUUGCAUGAUGGAAACACUUCCGAAUGCAGACCAGCAUGACAACUUUCCGGAGCACCUUCUCAUACUAGGCAGCCCGCAUGAGAAGCUGCGUUUUUGAAUGACAAAAAUGGGCGCGGCUUUUGUCGGUUAUGCAGUACAGAUUUCCCAGGAAUGUAAAGCUAGCAUUACUCCACCAGACCCAGACACUUUUGCAUCUGAUAUCAACAUUGACGAGUCGAUUUGGCACCACGUGUACCUCCUGGACAUGAUAUUGAAAGGAAAAAUGCCCCCCCCCACAUCGAGACGAAGUUUCUGAUGCUGGAUUUCCGUACACAAAUCGGAUUUGUCUUGCAGUAGAGCACUGCAGGCAUAUGGCAAGCCUGAGCUGAGAGGUUUUGACUUAGGCGCCUAGCAUGACAAACGUCUAUGCUGUAAGCCGAGCAGCAUCGCAAACCGCCUGCAUAGUGUGGCGGUCUCUCUGGGCUUGCCCUCUUGCAAGACAGACAUGAUUUCUGGCCACAAACCCGCAUGACAAAUUUUCAGACGGAUGCGCUUCCAAUAUGGGGAGGGGGGAUUUUUCCUCGCAAUACAUGAUUUACGUGAGCGCGCUGCCGUACCUUGCGAAGGGUAAAAUUCGGCGGGAGUCUUUCCAUCUAAACGUGCUCCUCGAGCCGAAACCACCGGAAGACGACGAAAACACGGCCGACUACAGGAGGCGAGGAGCAAGAAGUAGACAGGGGACAGCAGCAGGACCUCCCGCACAGGGAGCUGCAAAUCAAAAUCCAAACGCUGGCGCUGCUGGUGCGCAUCAGAAUCAACAAGGAAACCCAAAUAUGGUAGGGCGAGGAGGGGCCGCUGCUGCAGCGGGUUUCAUGUCCUUCCCGGGUAGUGCGCCGGGUGGAGGUUCUACUAGUAGUGCUGCGCCCUCGUCUACAGGACCACCUCCAGGAGGACCCGUUCUUGGAGGACCCCCGGCGCCCAACCCCCAGAUGCAGAUGAGCAACCACAUUCACCGAUCCCCCUCCUCCGAAUCCAACGCGUCGGCGGGUCAAACGCCGACUGGCGCUGCUGCCGGAACUACGGGCCAGCAUCUUCAGACGGUUUCCCAAGGGCCGCAGGUUUAUUUUCACACGUUGGUCCCACCGGAGGCGGACCUGUACAUGUUUGCGCAGUAUCCAAGAAAAAAAGAUUGUAGGUGUAACUUUCUUGGAGGAUCAGCAUUACAAAUACCUCUGGCAUGACAGCAAAAACUUGUCAUGCGUAGAUAGUACGUGAAAACGCCCUUGAGUGGACACUACAAUGCAUGCCGAGCAUGACAGACGUGAUCAUCUUGCAUGUUGCGCAUCACAAAUUUACACUAGCGCCGUUUUUCUUCUUCGAUACGCAGUAUUCGAAGAACAAGCCGAUCAAACCGCAAGACUUUCUCGACGUCAGCCACCACUUCGACAAGGCCAACCCUUUUUGCGGCGUCCCGAGACAUAUGCAUUUCAAAAGCAUCGUACUAGUAUAAAUCGCAUGACAAGUUCCCUCAGCAUGAAAAAUGGAAUUUGUAAUGCGGAUUUAGGUUAGGAGGGAGAUUUGUAAUGCAUGACUGCGAUUACUUUUAAUACGAGUACGAUACUUUUGCAAUGCAUCAGACAGAUCAUGAGCUUCAUCGCCCAUCCACAUUUGUGUCCGACAAAAUACAAGCAGAAAGUGCUGGAGGUGCAGAAUGCCAUGCAGCACGAGCUCGUGGCGCAACGGUCGAUGCAACAGGGCUUGAUCACCGCUCUGGCGAGCGGGAAUUUGGAUCCGCACAACCUGACCCGCGACAUGCUGGUCGCGUUGACCCACUUUGUCUUGGAAGUGCGGAGAGACAACCUCGUGCACGACUGCUUCCGGGAGCUGGAGAAGGCCACAGAGGCGGACCUGCAGCGGCCGCUGAAGAUCAAAUUCAAGGGAGAAGAAGGCUUGGAUGACGGGGGGCUCACGAAGGAGUUUUUCCGGCUUUUGUCCACUGAGGUCUUUUCCGCGGCGUACGGGAUGUUUCAAGAGGUCGAGGGGACGCGCGCGGUGUGGUUCAACCUCUCGGCUUACGAUGUGGGACUCACCGCGGAAGACUUCAAGAACAUCGGGAAGAUCCUCGGACUUGCGGUGUACAACAACGUGCAGGGGUUGAAUCUGAAUUUUCCAAAACUCUUCUUCAAAAAGUUGGUCUCGGAACCCGUCGAUCGAACGAUCGACUUGGAGCAGAUUUACCCGACCUACGCCACCUCCAUCGACGCGAUCCUGAACUGGCGCCCGAGCCCCGCCGAUCUCCCCAUCCACCAAGCGAACCAGCAGUUCGACGACACCUUCUGCCUGGAUUUCUCGGUCAGCUACAAGAACGCCUUUGACCAGAACAUCACGGUGGAAUUGUGCGAAAACGGGCUGAAAAAAACGGUGAACUACGAAAACCGCGAGUACUUCGUCGAUUUAUUGUCGGAGUUUCUGUUGAACAAGCAAUGCGAGAAGUUCGUGGACCCACUGAAGCAGGGGUUUCAAACCGUGUGCAACGAACGGUCGGCGAUCGCCGGCACCCUGUUUUCGGAUGAACUGCAGCUGAUCGUCGGGGGGGAGCGAGUGCUGGACUUCGACGCUUUGAAGGAGGGGACCACGUACAUAGGCUUUGACCGGGACUCGGACUUUAUCAAGAAUUUCUGGUCCGUCCUACGAAACUACUCGCUCGAGAGAAAGUAUGGAAGCGUCAGGUUUGAAAUCGUCAAAGUUGAAAUAAUUUGUAAUGCGUAAAAUGCAUGACCCGCGGCACGUGUGUUGCAGGGCAGGCAAGUGAGGCCGAGUGUAAGCCUGUUUGGGGCUACAGCUCGAGCUGCUAAAGUAGCAUGAGAAAAUCACUCUUCUUUGCCUAAACAGCAUAUAACAAACUGGAUUUAGGGACAGCCGAAAUUUGUCAUGCGCCACUUAGAAACUGGGUUCCAAUUGGCAUCCAUUUUAUGCAUUACAAAUUAUUUUAACUUUGACGAUUUCAAACCUGACGCUUCCAUAGAAAGCGGGCGUUCUUGGAUUUUGUAACGGGGAGCGACAUUCCGCCGAUCGGUGGACUGAAGGAACUACAGCUGAAAAUCCAGAAGAACGGCGAGGAGCCCAUAUUACAAUGAAAAAUGCCCCUCCCAUAUCGAAAUUCGAUGUUUCUAAUGCUGGAUUUCCGUACACAGAUCGGAUUUGUGUUGCAGUAGAGAGCUGCAGGCCUAUGCCAAGCCUGAGCCGAGAGGUUUUGACUUCGGUGCCUAGCAUGACAAACGUCUAUGCUGUAAGCCGAGCAGCAUCACAAACAGCCUGCAUAACGUGGCGGACGCUCUGGGCUUGCCCUCUUGCAAGACGGGCAGGAUUUGUGGUCACAAAUUUGCAUCACAAAUCUGAGGCGGAUGCGCUUUGAAUAUGGGGAGGGCGGAUUUUUCCUCGCAAUAGCCCACGACGCGACUCCCGACGAGCCACACUUGCUACAACAUUUUGCUUAUCAAGUGCAAAAAUGUCUGGGUCUGGAAGGAUGUAACUUGUGAUGCUGCAUUUGGAUUCCAGAAAAAUCUGCAUUGCAUGAGUACCAAAAGGAAUGUAAUUUUUGCUACGCGGAGAGGGCAUUUGUCAUGCGGAGUAGGCAUCAAGAAGCUCUAAAAAAAUCUGUGGCGCUAGGGCAUGCAUCACAGGCAUCAGGGCUCAUGCAAAACGUGCAUGACAAGUGUCAGAAUCUUCCAGACCCAGACACUUUUACAGUUCAUAUUGCUCUUACCGGAGUACAGCUCGCGCACAAAGCUGGACCGGCUUUUGCGGAUCGCAAUUUCCAACGCAGAAGGCUUCGGGAUGGAAUAAACAGAUUGCUGCAUAGUGAUGUAACACAAACACUCCGAGAAUGAAGUGGCUGUCAUAGUAAACACAAACACCAGAGACUCCUGAAACCCAAUAUCGCCACUCCUGCCCCUUUGAAUGAUGUCGCAUCGCCUGGAACAUUUCUUAUUAUUGUUCGUCAUCUUCUUCUUCAGGAAAAGCAAAAGAUAAGGCAACCUCUUGUUGGCUGCAUGUUGUGAUGUCGCUGUCGCAACUUCCCGCUAGUCCAGCCUCCUACGUGCCCGUACUGAAUGUUGGCAUUUUAUUUUGCCCUUCACAAA